CAAAGCAAAGAACCUAACCAAUAAACAAAAAACCAACUCACCAAAUCAAACAAAGAACGAAGAGACGAACCCUUUUCACAUUCCGUAAAUUUCAUACUCUCUCUCUCUCAUUGAGUAAACCUCACGCUUCCUUCUUCCCUCUAAAAGCUCCGAUCUUCUUUUUUUUUUCCUGUUUGAGCUUUGAGGGGCAAAACAAAAUCGAUAAUCGAAAAUCGAAAUCGAAUGGAAUGUCGAGAAAUGGAAAAUGGGCGACUCGGGUUUUCUUCUCUUGCUCUCGCCUUCAUCUUCCUCCUGGGUUUCUCCGCCUUCGUUUUGUGCCUCUUCGCUGAAUUCCACAAGGCAAAGAGGAAAGAUCUGAAAUGGGAUGGAGAAUUCUGCUACUUGCCCGGAACUCAUGCGUUUCGACUUGGAAUCGCAGCUUUGAUCUGCGUUUCCGUCGCUCAGACCGUCGGAAACGUUGAGAUCUGCAGAGUUUUAUGCAGAAGAGACAAGACAGGGUCUGCCGCCAUUAAAACGCCGCCGUUUUGUAGAUUCCUCUUCUUCUUCUCCUGGAUCAGUUUUGCGGUUGCGUUUGCGUUACUGGCAACGGCGGCGAGCAUGAACAAGGAGCAGCGUUACGGACAGGGGUGGCUGAAACGUGAGUGUUACAUUGUCAAGAACGGCGUUUUCUCUGCGUCCAGCGUUCUGAUCGUUGUAACGUUGGCCGCUGUUUUCGGAGCGGCUGCGUUUAGCGUUAAACCGUUACAAGUCGAAACGCAAGAGAAACUUCAUACGCAUACAGUGUGAGAAAACUGAGCUUUAAAGGAAGGUAGAGGUCACAAAGACAAUUGUUCAAAUGGAAAAUAGACACUUUUUUUUUUUAUAAAAAAAGACGUUAUUUCUAUGUGGACAAGACAUAGAAAUGAUUAUCAGAAAACAAAAAUUCAAUUACCAUGAAAGGAUUUA